GAAAUUGUUGAGUUGAGAAGAAAAAAAAAGAAGAGAGGGUACAAUCUGUCUCUCGUAGCUGGCUGGCUCCAUUAUUUUUGGUUUUGGACAGACAAGGGUGUGUUUGGUUCUCUGACUACACUCACUCACUCCUUCUCUCUUCUCUCUCAGUGUACCACACUCUCUGCCACCUAUGGCCCAGCGUCAACUCUCUCCUUUUCCCUACCCUUCCACCUCCUCUUUUGUCUUCCACUUUACUCUCCCACUACCACUCCUUUCAUGACUUCAACUUCAACAACCACCUCUUUCUCUCUCACUUCUUCUCUUGCUCUUAUCAAAACAAACCACUAUGAAUAAUACUAACGAUAAUAAUAGUUACAACAAUACACUCUAGCUUCUAGCCUGCUACCUUUCCUUAUCACCAGCACCAAUGGCUUCAGACGCCAAACUCUCCUCUUCUGAGUCCCUCAACGGUUUGAAAUUCGGCCAAAAAAUCUAUUUUGAGGAUGUUGGUCUUGCUACUCCAGCCACCUCUCUUACUUCUUCUUCUUCUUCUUCUUCUGCUGCUACUGUUACUUCUUCUUCUUCUUCAAGGAAAGGAAGAGGUGGGUCUGUUCAACCAGCUCAACCUCCCAGGUGUCAAGUUGAAGGGUGCAAAGUAGAUCUGAGUGAUGCAAAAGCUUACUAUUCUAGACACAAGGUCUGUGGCAUGCACUCUAAAUCCCCUUCAGUCAUUGUUGCUGGUCUUCAACAAAGGUUUUGUCAACAGUGUAGCAGGUUUCAUCAGCUUCCUGAGUUUGAUCAAGGAAAAAGAAGUUGCCGUAGGCGACUAGCUGGCCAUAAUGAACGUCGGAGAAAGCCCCCAACAAGCUCCCUCUUAACCUCUCGCUAUGCCAGACUUUCUUCGUCUGCUUUUGAUAAUAGUGGCAGAGGUAGCAACUUUCUGAUGGAAUUGACUUCAUACCCAAAGCUUAGUCUGAGAAAUUCACUUCCAACUCCUAGAUCAUCUGAGCUAGCUCCUGGAAAUCAAACCUCCACACUUAGCUGGAAUGGCAACUCAGAGACAUCAUCUGACCUUUUCUUGCAAGGUUCGGUGGGUGGGACAAGCUUCGCCAGCCCGGGACAUCCUCCAGGGGAAAGUUACAUUGGGGUCACCGACACGAGCUGUGCUCUCUCUCUUCUGUCAAAUCAAACAUGGGGUUCUAGAAACACAGCACCAAGUCUUGGGUUGAGUAACAUGAUAAAUUUCAACGGGACACCCUUGACACAACUUGCUGCAUCAUCUCAUGGUGCAUCAAUCCAUCAACUUCCAAAUACCUCGUGGUUUUUCAAGGGCAUUGAUUCUGGUAACUGUUCGCCCGAGGUGGUCCCUGAUCUAGGUCUCGGUCAGAUUUCACAGCCUCUCAAUAGCCAACUUCAUGGUGAGCUGGACCUGUCCCAACAGGGCAGGAGGCAUUAUAUGGAUCUAGAACAGUCCAGGGCAUAUGAAUCUGCUCAUUGGUCACUUUAAUGCACUUGUUUUUUUUUGUCAGCUUUGUAAUAACAUGUAGCAGAAACCUGUGCCUACUUGGUUACUUACCAGAUUGAUGAUAACUAUUGCUUGUUGUUUUGUUUUGUUUUAACUGAUAAGCAAGGUGGGUAGCCUUGCCUCAUUUGUGGAACUUUCAGGCACCGAAUGAAUCUCACCUGAGAGUGUGUUUUGUUAGUAGUGUCUUAAACACAGGUAUGGUGUUUUCUGCCAUUGCCGUCACCUCUGGAAUUAUUUGUGAUUGGGAGGACAGCCUCUUUGAUGUUUGCUACCACCGCUCCAUUUUAUUUGAUAUUAUCUUUUGACUA